AUGGACGCUGUCGUGAUAUCAGAAUUUGGUGGCCCAGAGGUCUUGAAAAGAGAGACGGUGCCGAAGCUGACACCUGUCCAUGGUGAAGUCUUGGUCCGUGUGAAGGCAUUUGGACUAAACCACGCAGAGAUGCAUAUGCGGAAAGGCGAAUGGGAUGAAUGGAACCCUAUUACCGGUCUUGAAUGUGUCGGUGUCGUUGAAGCUUGCCCAAGUGGUGACAUCCCAAUUGGAACCAAGGUUGCAGGCGUAAUGGGUGGAAUGGGACGCAAUCGACCAGGGAGCUACGGCGAGUUUGUCAAUAUACCGCUUACAAACGUCAUCCCAGUGGAGACCACGUUGUCCUGGGAGGAGUUUGCAGCCCUUCCCGAGGUUUAUUCGACAGCCUACUCGUGUCUUUUUACUGUAUUGGACCUACAGCCCGGCGAAUCGCUUCUGAUCCGUGGAGCAACCUCAACUCUGGGACAGGCAGCUCUACAUUUAGCUGUAGACGCAGGAGCCAAAGUCACUGCAACAUCUAGACGUGAGAGCAGAUUCAGUAUGUUGAAAGAAAUGGGAGCAAGCGAUGUAAGCAUCGAGAAAACAGGAAUACAAAGCGUGCUCGGCGAGAACAUCAAGUUCGAUAAAAUUCUCAACCUCAUCGGCAAUAGUGUCCUAGUUGAGACUUUUUCGCUUGUCCGGACACAUGGUCGUAUCUUGCAAGCUGGCUGGCUCGGGGGCCUUGCACCUGUACAGGACUUCAACCCCAUGGUUGAAAUGCAGUCGGGUGUUCAUUUUAGUCUUUUCCAUAGCAAAGUUCUCGGAACGCCUGAAUUCCCUAUGUCGGCUGUGCCACUUCAGCAGAUUGUGGACAAGAUUCAACGCGGGCGAUGGAACGCAAAGCCGACGCAUGUCUUCAACUACGAUGAUAUACAAGAAGCACACAAGUUAUUGGACUCUCACAACGCUGGAGGAAAGAUCGUCGUGAAACACUGA